CGCUCACUCGCUCAACUCUCGGCGCCGCCGCGGCCCCACGCUCCGGGCCCGUCCUCGAGGCGCGCGGCGCGGGGCGCGGGCGCCGGGGCCUGAGGCGGCGGGCGACGCCCGGGGGCCUGACGGCCGGCCCCGCGCCAUGGUGUGAGCGCCGCCGCCGCCCGCACACGCUCCGUCCGCCCUCCGCGCGGCCCGGCCGGCCGAGAGCCCCGAGAGCGCAGCCGAGCCCGCCGCCGCCGCCCCCGGCCCCGCGAGGAGAGUACCGGGCCGGCCCGGCUGCAGCGCGAGGAGCGCGGUCGGCGGCCUGGUCUGCGGCUGAGAUACACAGAGCGACAGAGACAUUUAUUGUUAUUUGUUUUUUGGUGGCAAAAAGGGAAAAUGGCGAACGACUCCCCUGCAAAAAGUCUGGUGGACAUCGAUCUCUCCUCCCUGCGGGAUCCUGCUGGGAUUUUUGAGCUGGUGGAAGUGGUUGGAAAUGGCACCUAUGGACAAGUCUAUAAGGGUCGACAUGUUAAAACGGGUCAGUUGGCAGCCAUCAAAGUUAUGGAUGUCACUGAGGAUGAAGAGGAAGAAAUCAAACUGGAGAUAAAUAUGCUAAAGAAAUACUCUCAUCACAGAAACAUUGCAACAUAUUAUGGUGCUUUCAUCAAAAAGAGCCCUCCAGGACAUGAUGACCAACUCUGGCUUGUUAUGGAGUUCUGUGGGGCUGGGUCCAUUACAGACCUUGUGAAGAACACCAAAGGGAACACACUCAAAGAAGACUGGAUCACUUACAUCUCCAGAGAAAUCCUGAGGAUGAAAGAUCAUUACACUGGGAAAGCUGCCCAUAGAAAACCAUAAUUGAAGGCAUUGCACGUUGAUCCCACCAAGAGGGCGACACUCACCUCGGAAGCGGUUGAGCCUGUACACCAGUCCAGUGAUGGGCCCUGCAGUGAGCUCUGGAUUCACAGGUUGGGGCAUGUGCAGCAGCACAGACUCACUCCUGCAAGGAAGUAGGUUGAGUUGGUUAAGUUUCUGAUGUCUAUGUUUAAGAAACAGAUUCCAACAGAAAAUGCUUCAUUCAAACCCACUUCUGAUACUGUAAUGUACCUCCACAACGCUAGGAUGGGUUUGUGGCUCUUAGGGAAUCUUUCUAACUAUUUACUCCAUUUCUAACCUACUGCCACUGAAAGAUAAAUGCCUCUCUCCCUAUCUGCCACCAAAUAGUUGAUCUCUAAUUAUGAUUAUGAAUCAUAAAAAGAGGCAACUGUAUUCUAGCAAUCUCUGCAUUGCACUCUUCAAAACAUAACCCCCGAGUCACUUGGGAAAGUAAGAAAAGAUUAAUGUCUGAUAAAAGGCAUAGGUAACAUUCAUCAUACCACACAAACACGUGACUACACACACAUACACACACAAUCACACUGACACAUUAUGGUGUUAGUAAAUUAUGUUUUCACUUUGUUGGAAACAGCCUGAUGUUUUUCAUAGCAUGCCUUGCGCUCCAGUUUGCACUGAUGGCCAAAAACAUACCUUGCCACGAUGUCUCCCAAAUCCUGUAGAGAGAGAGAGAGAGAGAGAGAGAAAAAAUGACUUAUUUAGAAAGUUGUUAUUCUUGUUGGGUGAGGUGGUUCACACCUGUAAUCCCAGCACUUUGGGAGGCCAAGGUGGGUGGAUCACCUGAGGUCAGGACUUCCAGACUAGCCUGGACAACAUGGCAAAUCCCCGUCUCUACUAAAAAUCCAAAAAAAAAAAAAAAAAAACCAACAAUAGUGGGGUGUGGUGGUGCAUGCCUUUAGUCCCAGCUACUAGGGAGGCUGAGGCAGGAGAAUUGCUUGAACCAAAGAGGCAGAAGUUGCAGUGAGCUGAGAUUGGGCUACUGGACUUCAGUCUGGGUGACAGAAGAAGACUCUGUCUCAAAAUAAACACACAAAAAAAGUUGUUAUUCUGCCUAUCUGGUCUUCAGGUUUUGAAAACUUUAGAAUUACCACAUAGUAUCACUGCAACUCUUUUAAAAUGUAUUGUCAUCUCUAACAAUUAUACCAGUAAGACCUAUUGACAGUAUGAAUUUCUGAUAAAUUCAGGACCCUAAAUUUGAGUGAGAGAGAAAGGUGUGAGUAGUGACUGCACAUUGCUGCAGCUGUCUACAGUGUGGUCUCUUUCAGGGCUAGUCCCCAAAGUGUAAUGUGGCUCAAAUCAAGAGCAUUUCAAACCUAGGACUUCCCAAAAGGAGGAAGAAGGAAAUGUCAGUUUUUCUAUAAUUUCUAUGUAUUAUCCAUUGGAGUUAAACAUGGAAUUUUCACAUGAAAUUUUUUCUUCCAGAGUUUUAAUGAAAUGUGCUGGAGGAGGAAGCUUGUGGUAGAAAAUGUUGUAUGGAAAUCUAGUUGCACAAUUCCAUAAAGCUUUAUUUCCAUGAUUAGGUAGGAAUGCUCAAACACUGAUGAUCAUCCACAAACAUUGACCAUCCGGGAAAAUGUGACCUUACCAAACUAACUAAAUAAGGCACCAGUGGCCAAUCCCAGACUGACAGAGAUAUGUGAUCUUUCAGACACAGAAUUUAAAAUAGCUGUUUUGAGGAAGCUCAGUGAAAUUCUAGAUAACACAGAGAAGGAAUUCAGAAUCCUAUCAGAUGAAUUUAACAAAGAGACUGAAAUAAUUAAAGAGAAUCGAACAGAAAUUCUGGAGCUGAAAAAUUUAAUUGACAUCCUGAAGAAUGCAUCAGAGUUUUUCAACAGCAGAAUUGAUCAAGUAGAAGAAAGAAUUAGUGAGUUUGAAGACAAGCUAUUUGAAAAUAUACAAUCAGAAGAGAGAAAAGAAAAAAGAAAAAAAAGGGUGAAGCAUGCCUACGAGAUGUAGAAAAUAGUCUCAAAAGGGCAAACCUAGAAGUUACAGGCCUUAAAGAGGAGCUAAAAAGAGAGAUCACGGUAGAAAGUGUACUCGAAGGGGUAAUAACAGAGAAUUUUCUUUUUCUUUUUCUUUUUUUUUUUUUUGAGAUGGAGUUUCUCUCUUGUUGCCUAGGCUGGAGUGCAAUAGCACAAUCUCUGCUCACCGCAACCUCUGCCCCCUGGGUUCAAGCGAUUCUCCUGCCUCAGCCUCCCAAGUAGCUGGGAUUACAGGCAUGCACCACCAUGCCGGGCUAAUUUUGUAUUUUUAGUAGAGAUGGGGUUUCUCCAUGUUGGUCAGGCUGGUCUCAAACUCUCGACCUCAGGUAAUCCACCUGCCUCAGCCUCCUAAAGUGCUGGGAUUACAGGUGUGAGCCACCACACCCAGCCAAUAACUGAGAACUUUCUUAACCUAGAGAAAUAUAUCAAUAUUCAAGUACAAGAAGGUUAUAGAACACCAAGUAGAUUUAACCCAAAUAAGACUGCCUCAAGACAUUUCAUAAUUAAACUUCUAAAGGUCAAGGAUAAAGAAGAAAUACUAAAAGUGGCAAGAAAAAAGAAACAAAUAACAUACAAAGGAGCUCCAAUAUAUCUGGCAGCAGACUUCUCAGUGGAAACCUUGCAGGCCAGGAGAGAGUGACAUGACAUAUUUAAAGAGCUGAAAAGCAACAACAGCAACAACUACCACAACAAACCCGCUUUUAUCCUAGAAUAGUAUAUCCAGUGAAAAAAUCCUUCAAACAUGAAGGAGAAAGACUUUCUCAAACAAACAAAAGCUGAGGAACUUCAUCAACAAUAGACCUGUCCUACAAGAAAUGCUAAAGGGAGUUCUUCAAUCUGAAAGAAAAGGACAUUAAUGAGCAAUAAGAAAUCAUCUGAAGGUUAAAAAAAACACCUCAUUGGUAAUAGUAAGUGCACACAUAAACAUAGAAUAUGGUAACACUGUAAUUGUUGUGUGUAAACUACUCAUACCUUGAGUAGAAAGACUAAAAGAUGAGGGCAGGGCACAGUGGCUCACGCCUGUAAUCCCAGCACUUUGGGAGGCCAAGGCAGGUGGAUCAUGAGGUCAGGAGUUCGAGACCAGCCUGGCCAACAUGGUGAAACCCUGUCUCUACUAAAAAUACAAAAAUUAGCUGGACCUGGAGGCACACGCCUGUAAUCCCAGUUACUCAGGAGGCUGAGGUAGGAGAAUCGCUUGAACCCAGGAGGCGGAGGUUGCAGUGAGCCAAGAUCACGCCAUUGCACUCCAGCCUGGGUGACAGGGCAAGACUCCAUCUCAAAAAAAAAAAGACUAAAAGAUGAACCUAUCAAAAAAUAACAGUUUUUCAAGACAUAGACAAUAUAAUAAGAUAUAAACAGAAAAAACAAAAUGUUAAAAAGUGGGGAGAUGAAGCUAAAGUGUAGACUUUUUAUUAGUUUUCUCUUUGCUUAUUUGUUUUUGCAGUGUUAUGUUUUCAUCAGUUUAAAAUAGUAAAUUAUAAGAUGAUAUUUGCAAGCCUUGUGGUAACUUCAAAUAAAAAAACCUAAAACAGAUACAGAAAAAAUAAAAAGCAAGAAAUUAAAACAUACCACCAGAGAAAAUCACCUUCACAAGAAGGAAGGAAGGAAGGAGGGAAGGAGGGAGGGAGGGGAGGGGAGGGGAGGAAGGAAGGAAGGUAGGUAGGUAGGAACGACUACAAAACCACCAGGAAACAAGUAUCAAAAUUAAAGUAGUUAAGUGCUUACUUUUCAGUAAUGAUAUUGAAUAUAAAUGGACUAAACUCUCCAAUCAAAAGACACAGUGGCAGAAUAGAUAAAAAAAAAAAAAAAAGACCCAACAACCUGUUGCCUACAAGAAACAGACUUCACCUAUAAAGACACACAUAGAUUGAAAAUAAAGGGAUUGGGAAAGGAUAUUUUAUGCAAAUGGCAGGCAAAAAAGAGCCAAAGUAACUAUACUACAUCAUACCAAAUAGAUUUCAAGACAAAAACUAUAAAAAAUACAAAGAAGAUCAUCAUAUAAUGAAAAAGGGUCCAUUCAUCAAGAGACUAUAACAAUUACAAAUAUAUAUGCAUUCAAUACUAGACCACCCAGAUAUAUAAAGCAAGGAGGGAGGGGAGGAGAGGAGAGAGGAGGGGAGGGGAGGGGAGGGAAGGGAAGGGAAGCUACAGGUCAAUAUUCUUGAUAAACGUUGAUGCAAAAAUUCUCAACAUACUAGCAAGCAAAUUCACCAAAACAUUAAAAAAGAUCAUUUAUCAUGACCAAGUGGGAUUUAUCCCAGGGAUACAAGGAUGGCUCAGUGUAUGCAAAGCAAUCAAUGUAAUACAUCAUAUCAACAAAAUAAAGGACAGAAAUGAUAUGACUACUUCACUAGAUGCUGGAAAAACAUUUGAUAAUAUUCAACAUCUUGGCCAGGCACAGUGAGUGUCUUAUGCCUGUAAUCCCAGCACGUUGGGGGGCCAAGGUGAGAGAAUCAGUUGAGGCCAACAGUUUGAAACCAGUCUGGUCAAUAUAGCAAGACUCCACCUCCACUAAAAAUAAAAAAUUAAUCAAGUGUGGUGGCAUGCCCCUGUAGUCCCAGCUACUCAGGAGGCUGAGAUGGGAAAAUCAAUGUAUUUUGUGAUGAAAAGAAACUCUCAAAAAACUGCAUAUAGACAGAACAUACUUCAACAUAAUAAAAACCAUAUAUAACAGACCCACAGCUAAUAUCAUACUCAAUGGAGAAAAACUGAAAGCCUUUCCUCUAAGACCUGGAACAAGAGAAGGAUACCCACUUUCACCGCUGUUAUUCAGCAAGUACUGGGGAAGUCCUAGCUAGAGAAAUUAGAGAAGAGAAAGAAAUCAGAGAAGAGAAAGAAACAAAGGUCAUUCAAAUUGGAAAGAAAGAAGUCAAAUUAUUCUUGUCUGCAGAUGAUAUGAUCUUAUAUUUCAAGAAUCUAAUGACCUGCUCCCCAAAAAAAACUAUUAGAACUGAAAAACAAAUUCAAUAAAAUUGGAGGAUACAAAAUAAACAUAUAAAAAUCAGUAGCAUUUCUAUAUGCCAACAGCAAAAAAUCUGAAAAAUCAAGAAAGUAAUCCUAUUUACAGUAGCUGCAAAUAAAAUAAAAUACCUAGGAAUUAACUUAACCAAAAAGGUGAAAGACCUCUAUAAUGAAAACAAUAAAAUACUGAUGAAAGAAAUUGAAGAGGACACCAAUAAAUAGAAGAAUAUUCCAUGUUUAUGGAUUGGAAAAAUCAAUAUUUUUUAAAUGUCCAUACUACCCAAAGCAAUCUACAGAUUCAGCGCAAUCCCUAUUAAAUACCAAUGACAUUCUUCACAGAAAUAGAAAAAAUAAUCCUAAAAUUUAUAUGAAGCCACAAAAGACCCAGAAUAGCCAAAGCUAUCAUGAGCAAAAAGAACAAAACUGGAGGAAUCACAUUACCUGACUUCAAAUUAUACUACAGAGCUAUAGCAAUCGAACAGCAUGGUACUGGCAUAAAAACAGACGCAUAGACCACUAGAACAGAAUAGAGAACCCAGAAACAAAUCCACACAGUACAGUGGACUUGUUACAACAAUGGUGUCAAGAACAUACAUUGGGGAAAGGAUGGUCUCUUCAAUAAAUGGUGCUAGGAAAACUGGAUAUCCAUAUGCAAAAGAAUGAAACUAGACUUCUCUCUAACCAUAUACAAAAAUCAAAUCAAAAUGGAUUAAACACUUAAAAUUAAGACCUCAAACUAUGAAAUUACUACAAGAAAA